AUGGCGCACCGUGGUUUCGAGGAUCUGCUCGCUGUCUGCUCGAUCGUGGCAUGCUUGUUGCUGCCACUACUGAGACCCUGCCACGCGCAGGACAUUUUGGGUUCGUACUUUAGGUGCCGCAACGAGUACGACAUCGAACCGAGCGUCUUCGAUGCGCUGCGUGCGGGUGACUUCUCCGUGCGGAACUCGUUCGUGGAGUGUUUCGGCGAGUGUUUUGUGAAGCGCGCGGGCUUCAUGAACGACAACUUCACCUUCAACCGGGACACGAUCUUGCGCUUUAUGAAUCGCUUUGUGUCGAAGGAAAACUCCGAGAUGGCGUACGGCAACUGCACCGGGAAUGUGACGCCGACUUACUGCGUCACCGCGUUCAAUGUGUACCAGUGCAUUUACGAGCAUGCCUACACCAACAGCCGGAAGUAG